ACUAUUUAUGUUCAUGGGUCCUGGCUAAGCUGGUGUAUCGGAAAUAACCAAUCACUUUCCUGGGAAACAAAAGGAAGUUCUUACGACCAAAUACGGCAAUGAAUCGCUGAAAGCAGAGAGAUGUUGUGAGCUAGAUAGGAAGGGAGAGUGAAGGAGAGGUUGAUCUGUCUGAAAGGCGUGGUGGAAAGCUGUGCCGAGGAUAUCUAAGAGCCUGUGAAAUAUCUGUUUCAUAAUUCGCGCCCAAUAAUGACACUUGAUGCAGGGAUAUCUACAAAUCCACAAUGCCUUGAGGCAUAUGACCUGUUCAAAAUGAAAACUAAGUAUGAUUUUGUUAUUUUCAAAGCAAAUGACAAAAUGAAUGAGAUUAUUGUUGAUAUAUGUCCAGAGGUUGGUGAGUCUGAAAAGGUUUGGAAGGAAAUUGGGGCCAGUUGCGAUGUUAAAAGGGAGAAUGAUGAGCCAGUUGAGUACUGGAAUCUAAGAAGACUGAUUUUGGCAAAAAAGGAACCAAGAUACGCUACAAUACUUAUCCAACCACCAUCAUCAUCAUCAGCAAAGCUUACUAUGGUUUACUGGUCACCUGAUGAUGCUCCAUCAAAACAAAAAAUGGUAUAUUCAUCUACAAAGAUGUCAUUCAAAGGCAAAUUAAAUGGUCUUCAAGGCUUGUUACAAUGCAAUGAUUUAGAGGAAUUAAGCUACAAAGAUGCUUGCAAAAACGCAACCAAGAUUUGAGCAUUGUUUCCCCAGACAAUGUAACACUGAAAAGCUGUAAUUCUUGGCAAUACUUCUUUGUGUGCAUCAAUUUUUUAUUGCAUAUCAUUCACAUUUUGGUGCAUAGGUUCCUGAGUAAAGGUAGUUUUGUAGUAGUAUUUAAGAGGGAAAAUAAAAAGUGAUCAAAUUA